AGUGACGACACUCAACCGGAAGUUACCGUUGAAGCUAAAACAGCCAUAACUGAUCAUGGCAGCGGGAGUUUUCUGGCCUCCCGUCUCCAGUGUGACGUAGUUUUCCCUUCGCCCAAUCUCUUCGUUGCCCUGGCAACAGUUGAGCCGUCUGGGAAGAAAAGCAUCUGGUCUGUAAGCACUGAUUGCAGUUCUGGAUGAAGUCCCUUCUCUAGGCUUGAAUCAAAAAUUGUCAGUCAUUUUGGCGAUACCGGGUUGGAUGCCCAAAGCUGCCUAAAGCUGUGGAGGAAAAGACCAGGAGAACUUUCAGGAAAACCUGUACCAGCAAUUCAGCCAUGGCAGAAGUGAAGUCCAUGUUCAGGGAAGUCCUUCCAAAACAAGGGCAAUUAUCUGUGGAAGAUAUAACCACAAUGGUGCUGUGUAAACCCAAACUUUUACCUUUAAAGUCUCUGACUUUGGAGAAACUGGAGAAAAUGCAACAAGCAGCACAAGAAACAAUUCGCCAACAAGAAAUGGCAGAAAAGGAACAGCAGCAAAUAACUCACUAAUAACUCAGUACUUCUGUAGAACACCCUACCUUACUGUUAACAGUAGCUAGAAAAGAUUCCACCUGUAUGCUGAAAAUAUGUUAAAACUGAUAUUCAUGUAGAUAAUAUAAAAAUAGCCAAGACUAAUGAAAUUUGUAUGGUGAAUUGAAACACUCUAGUUGUAUUGACUAUAUAUGACAUUAAAAACUAACCCAAAUCUUAUGGUUUUGUUUUUGCUCUUUAUACCCAAGUUUUUAGAACUGCAAAUUAAAUUAGUGUUCACCAUUCCUAUUACUCUUUUAUAGAUAACAUUCUUAGGCAACAAGUGACUAAAUGCAAUUUUUCCAAGAAAUCUUUACAUAUUUACUAAAAACUGUAUUUAAAGAUAUUUUAAUCUUGCAUUAAGUAUGCACGCUGGGCUUUUACAUUACCUAAUUUUUAAACUUUUUAUGAAUUUGAUGUGAUCUAUCAUGUUUAAGGCCAUUUUUCCUGACCAGCUGAUUCUACUACUGACAAAACUCUAUUUCUUAAAGUAAAUAGAAACUACUGUGGUGGUAUUUCAUCUUUUUUUUUAAUCCUCACCUGAGGAUAUUUUAUCAGAUGGGGUGGGGGAGGGGAGAGAGAGAUCAAUUGGCUGCCUCCCUCAACCAGGGCCAGGGUUCAGAACUGCAACCCAGGUAGGUACUCUUUGGUCCUUGGGCCCGAUGCUCUAACCACUGACAUAACCAGCCAGGGCAAAAUAAACUUCGUUUUAAGAAACCCUCACCUAAGCUUCUAAUUAUACUGAUUUUAAGGACUUAAUGAAUUACUGGCUAUCUUUAUCAUUCAUGUUUCAAAACCCUAGAAAUGGAAAGUAAUGUUGACUUUUAAAAGAGCUCACGAGGUAAACAUGAAAUUCAACUUGUAGUGAUAGUUCUAAGACUGUACUGAAACCUGUAACAGGUAUAUUCCUAAAACUACCUCUGUAAAUUCUGAAUUCUUGGUUGGUUGGCUGCAGUCAACAACACAAUAUAAAUUAAGGCCUUGCUGAGUAAUUAAGGCUCUGCAAAAGAGGUUAGAAAUGUGGUCAUUCUUAAAUAAUGAUUUAUUGGUAGCUACUAUUUUUCUCAGACACUGAAUAAAUGCAAAACUUUGAGUCUCUGAAGAAUAAUUUGUUGUAACAAACAUUUGCUAAUAGAAUUUACGAAUGAUGAGAGGUAGUGUGUAUUUUAGAAAUUUCAUUAGACUAUAGAUAAAAUGUUUUAAAAGUAUAUAUGGGGUUCCCAAGUAUAAUAUUAAAAGAAAUUAUUUCCUAUUGUACUUUUGAUUUAGAAGUUUGUAAGAAACAAAGUUUAAAAUUCACUAGGUUCAAAUGAACUCCAAUGAUUUUAAAUUUACUUUGUGAAAUAAAACUAUUUUUUAAAAACCUAAAAUAAAUGUACUCUCAAUAAAG